UCCAUCGCGAGUCCAACUCAGUCGGCGGUGUGCCCAAGUCUACCUCGUGGGAAGGCUUGACAGGAUCCCCCCGAAUGCACUAUCGAGUACCGUCAACCAGGAGGACCAAGACUAAGCCGGAAAUGGGCCGCCGUCAAGGAUCCCCGUCUCGGAAGCUUCCCUCCUGGGCCGAAAACUUGAUCGCAGACGAGCCGACUGAGCCCCCCAAGAUUCGACUCGGGGAGGCUGGCAGGAGUCGUUUAAAGGCUAUACUCUCUCAGAGUCUUCGCAACAACCCUGGUCUCCGGGCCGUAUGUAACAGCAUCGCUAGACUCAAGAGUGCUACGGUACAACAACUACUGCGUAUGGCAGAGGUAUGCGGGUGCAUGGACCAGGCCAUGGCUAUUGCUCGAGACUUCCACCGCACUAGAGCAAUUAAGAGCCGGAAGCCUCGAACCUCGCGGAGCAGUCAAUCAUCGAAUAGUAUGAUACAGUCGGCUUUCGGGGGAGUCCGUAGGGAUGAUGUCUCUACUGGUAAUACUGAGCUGCAUUCGACACGCAGCUGGAUGAGGACUUAGACCAGUGACAUAUCGAUUCAUGAGACUUGCUUCGAACGGGGCGACGCCUCUGCAUGGGUGCCACUUCCUAGUAUUGUUAUCUGGCGUGUUUUUCCAUUGCCAAUUUUACCAAGCCCUAAUUUGUUAUGGU